AUGGGCCCGGGUCCUGCGCUGGAACAGGAGCAGGAGCAGGAGCAGGAGAAGGAGAUGAUGGCCGAGAAGGAGGUGGAGAGGACCCCGGAGGAGGCGGCAGAGCGCAACUACUCGCGCGAGGACGAGGCGGCGAGGCCCUGGCCUCUGGCGAGCCUGGCGGUGCCGCCGGAGCUGGAGAAGAAGGGAGUCUUCUACAGGGCCCUGGCGAAGACGUCGGCCUCCGCGUCCACGCCUGCCCCGCCGUUCUACCCGCUGGCAGAUUUCACCGUGAGCAAGGGCAUCCUGGGGCGGACCCAGGCGCCGCUGUCGGAGCUGCCAGGCUUCGUCAUGGUGAGCGAGAAUUACUACCGCAAGUCUUGGCGCUUCACGUCGGUGCGACGACUGAAAAAUGUCAUCUGCUUCUUGGAGUGGGUUCCAACUGCGGAGCAGCUGGAGAUAGUGCGGCUCGAGGCGCAGCUCACCGAAGAGCAGGAGGCGAUUGUCGAGGACGUCUUCAACCUGCACGACCCAGACAAGACUGGGUUCGUCCAGGGCCAGCUGCUGGACAUGUUGCUCAGCGCCCUCCUCAUCGGACAGGACGGCGAGGCGCUGGCCGUGCAGCAGUACGGGGGCAGGUGGAGCCUCGCGGACCUGAAGGCCGAAAUUGCCUCGCAGGGCAUCUACCGGCUGCAGAAGGGCAGGUUUUUCGUUGUCUUGUCCUUGCAAGAGGCCGAGCACCUCCGGGCCGCCAUGCACUUGGCGCCCGACGCGCGAUUCGCGGGCGAGGGCGUCCUCGAGGGCAUCAGCUCGGACCAGGCCGCGAUACCCCUGGGCUGCGGCCUGGCGCUGCGCUGCCUGGGGAACCUGGAGUCCGUCCUCGACAGCUCCCUGGUCGACACGCGCGGCCCCGUGGCUCGCAAAGACAAGGUGGCUUGCCAGCUGAAGAUGGCGGAGCAGUGCCUGCGGUUCACCAACAGCUCCACCGACUACGAGGAGGAGGAGCUCUGCAUCCUCCUGCGGGCGCUGCGGCACACGGCGGUCAUGGACCGGAAGCCCUGGUGGAGCGACGUCCGCUCCUGCCGACGGCGCGCGCAGGUUCAGGUCGCCCGGCUCCCCAUCGCCCAGACGUUCUCGAAGGUGGACGAGUUCGAGAAGCUGGCCACACAGGCGCCGGGGUCUGGGUUUCCUCCGCGGGAGCGGGGGCCGGCCGUGCUGGUCACGGGCAUACCCCAUCCUUGUUACGCCCCUCCGGCCAGGGCGAGCUGGCGAGGGGGCUCUGCUGGCUGA